AGGAGAUACGAUGGAAAUCAGCAGUUUGUUUUCAUUUUAAUUCUGACGGUUGACCGUUAAAUAAUUCGUAAUAUUUCAAAUUUACAAAAACAACAAAAUUAAUUGUAGAAUAAUUGAUGAUUUACUGAUUGAACCAACUUAACUGACGUAAAUACUAGAGAGAAAAUGUCCACCCCCAGGAGAAGCCAAGCUCGAAAGUCUACCACUAUUAAUCUCGACGAUGACUCCGACCUGGACAUGUCGCUUGAGUCUAUCCACGAUUCGGACGAUUCUUGGACCAAUGAAGGAGCAGGUGGUGGACGAAAGGGGAAGAAAGUCCUCACAAAAACCAAGAAGAAGGUCACGACUAAGAAAACGACGACGACGACAAAUCUUCCCGGAACGUCGACUACGGUGAUGGGACUUAGCCAAAGUUCCGUCGUCAUUAAAAAGACUGCUAAACCUAAGCCCGUCAAGGUUUUAAAGGAGAAGGUCUCAAAAGCGAAGAAAGCGACGAGUAGUACUAAUUCGCAAGAUCGCUUAGUCAGCGAGGCGUUGGAGUGCAUCAUUUGUCUGGAAUUUGCAGCCUCACCCAUCCACAACUGUGCCAAUGGACAUAUCACGUGUGGAAUUUGUGUGAAGAAACUCCCUGCAAAGAAAUGUUCCAUGUGCAAGGCGAAAUUGACCUUGUCCAUGUUCGGGGAAAGGCUCGCGAAACAGUUGGAGUUAAAGUUGAAAUGUGACUAUGCUGAUGAAGGGUGUAAAGAAGAGGUUAAGUCGACAGAACUGAAGAAACAUUUGACUCAUUGCUAUCAUAGAAAUGUGAAAUGCAACCAGCAACAGUUUGAAAAAUGUUUCGAUAAAAGUAUCCCCAUUUCCGGGUAUGUUCGACAUCUCAACUCGACCCAUGGACUCACGUCGAUCACUUGGUGUCCAAAGUUGCAGUUCAAAAUAAAAUUUCAAAGGAAGAGUGAAGACAAGCAGCAACAAGUGAUGCCAAUUUCUCAAAUUAUUACGUAUAAAGGAAGGACCUUCAUUAGGAUGGGUUAUCGAACAAAGGACACUUUUUACACGUGGAUGGCUUUCCCUGGAAGUAAAAGUGAGGCGGAUAAGUUUGGCUACGUCUUGAAAACUGUGUCACAGAAGAAAGGACUUGAAAAUUUUUCAUGGAGCGUAAAAUUACCAGUAUUUCCACUACAUUCUGAAUUUGGGUGCAAGAAGCCGUCUCCCCUUUUUGCUGCGUUUCCAAUCUCCAUUCUUGCAAAUUUUGGCAGCCCUAUUCCAGUAUUGCCGUACGCCUCGGCGGACGAGCUGGCACUAAAUGCGAAUUGUUUUUACGCGUCAUUUCAACUUGAGAUGGUCACGAUUAAGGAGAGUAAAUCAUGAGCGGAAAGGAAUGCCAAGAAGUUGAAGGAAAUUUGUCGAUUUAGCAUUUUUAUAUUUAUAAUUUAUUAUUCGCGAUAAGUUCUUACAAGUU